AUGGCCACCACCCCCGCCAUUCUUCGUCUUCCCCGCGAGCUGCGAAACAUGAUAUACGAAUACACCGAUGACUUCCCUCGCCAGAAAUUGCUUUUCGUCAAGCCAUUCACCACCAACGAGACCCGACAGAAAUCCAAGAUCUGCGGACGCUGCAAGAAGGCCUGCGAGACCUGCCAGUGCAACCGACCAGGCCUGCUCCUGGUGUGUCGCCAGAUCCGAGACGAGAUCUUGAACUUCGUCUUCUCCAUGAACAUGAUCCAUUUCGACGACGACUGCUGGAUCAAGCUGGCUCGAAUCCACGACGAUCCCGGCAUUGAGUACCGCUCCCAUCCCGAGCUCCGAUCGCUAUGGGCCCAGGCCCUCGACCAUGCGCACUUUGUCAGCAUCAACCUACCUCGCGACAAGGGAACACGUCUUGACGCCAUUAUGUCUGUUCUCCAACACAUGCCUCAUCUCAAUGAGCUCUUCCUCAACCUGCCAAAGCGCAACAAUAAGUGGACGUGGCUUGGCGACUUCUACGAACUUCUCGACAGCAUCAAAACUCUACGGCACGUCGUUCUCGGAAAAGGAUUCGAUAACGAGCUUGGUCAGGCACUUCUCGACAACGUCCUCUGCUCGGCGGAACUUGCUUGCGGAUGCCCUGGCGCUGGAAAGGCAAACCACGACCUUGACUAUAAAUUUCCCUUUACAAAGACUGAGGUGCAGAACGAAAAGUGCGAGUGGCAAGCGAUGGCGGUGCUUGGAUGCCACGUUAGUGAUCUCGGCUGUAUUAUCGACUGGCUGCACGAUAGGGGCUCAAUAGCACAGGCAGGUGCGCAGUGGAGGCCUAAGCACAAGGCUCGCAGAUACCGGUGCGUUUUCUGUUGGCAAGAUGAGGCAGGCAAGCGUGUGGUUUACUAG